AUGCCGUUUCCAAAAAAAAAUGCAUUCGUCGUUUGGACAUUGUGCAAAACCUACAAACGAUCUAAUAGUACUUCAAAUUUAUUAGACCAUUUAAAUAGAAAACAUUUUACCGUUUUAAACCGGGAUCACAUGCGUGUAAAUGAAGAACGUGAAGAAGAUGAAAAUACACCAGGAACAUCGGAAGUAAAUACAAGUGUUGUGAUUCUUAGGGCAGAGAUAGUAACCACUGGGCCUAUAGUGACAAGACAAAAACAAAUGGUUUUAUCCAACAGAUUUAAUCAUUAUCCUACUGGUUUGGAAACAUUUUAA